GAGACAAUGAGGAGAGGCGCUGGGCUGGGAGUCUGAUCCAGGCAGGAGGUGGGGUGAAGCUGAUCUGCAGGACCUGUCAUGACGAUCGCCUGCUAGAGGGAGGGGAGAAGGAAGCGCAGCACACACACAGGGCUGUGUACGAAAGCAGAUCCUGAAGGCACAAUUGUGCAGAAGCCUGCCAUGUGCCCGUGCUCAGCAAGCCUCCACCACUAUUCCCAUUUAGACCUCGUUUAAAGGGAUCCCUGUGCCUUCUAAUGACCUUUUAAUGGAGCAACUGAUUUAUGUGUAAACUGCCCAUGUCUGGACUUGUACAAGAGAGCUUCCAGAUAUAGGACUGCAGUUCUGCUGAUGAACUACCCUUAUCUGUCCCUCUGCAAGGAUUAUCAUACUGUACUUUGUUUUUCUAAUACUAGGACAUUUUGAGGAGCAGUCAUGGAGAGAAGAAGUUCAGCAGACCAGUGUCACCCCCUGUUGGAGGAGGAACUGGUCCCUGACAGGACAGCCAAAGGAGAGAAGAGGUUCCGCCUGUGGUAUGUUGGAUGGUCAUCCCUAGACCAUAGGACAACUUUGCCCAUGCUGCCAUGGCUAGUGGCAGAAAUUCGCAGACGUUCAGAAAGACAAGAGCCCCCUGGUUGCGUGGCUCCUUGCAGAGAGGUGCAGUUGUUGCUAGUUGCCCCUCACCUUCGGUGUGUGCCAGCCUUGAAUGGUGCUAGUGGCAACACAGCAGUCUUUAUCUUUGAGCACAAAGCACACCACAUUGCUCGCUUCAUCCACAACAGCCAAGACCCCUCUUACUUUGCCUACUUGAUUAAAACCCAGCCUGACAACCCAGAGUCUGAGAUGACCUGCCAUGUCUUCAAGGCUGCUGACCCCAGUCAGGUCUCUACGGUCAUCAGUAGCAUUCGACAAGUGUCCAAAGUGGCACUGCAGGAUGAUUCAAAGGUCAGCCGAGAUGGUGAAGAUGCCUUUUAUAACUCACAGAAGUUUGAGGUUUUAUACUGUGGGAAGGUGGUCAUUGCUCAUAAGAGCGCUCCGUCUACUCUCGUCGAUGAUUGCAUUGAGAAAUUUUCUCAACAUGAACGUCAACGCCUCAGACUGCUCAGUGAGCAGCGCAGUAUGGACUCCAGCUCUGACCUCACUUUGGCCGAGAUAGAUAUGCCAGAGUCUCCAACUGAUAGUACAUUUCAGGAGCAGGACACUGAGACCAAUGCCAAUUCUGCCUCCAGGAACCAUUCAGGGAUGUUUACAAUGGGUAGCCAGAGCAACCUUGCUUCUAUGCGGGUAUCAUUUCCAGAGAGGAUUCUAGAAGACUCAGGCUUUGAGGACCAGCAGGAGUUCAGGUCUAGAUGUAGUAGCGUUACUAUUCAGAAAAAAGUUUAUGAUGGAAAGAUACAGUCAAGAAGACGACAUGCAAGUGCACCAAGCCAUGUCCAGCCAUCGGAUUCUGAAAAGAACAGGACGAUGCUCUUUCAGGUUGGAAGGUUUGAAAUCAAUCUCAUAAGUCCUGAUACCAAAACGGUGGUGCUGGAAAAGAUCUUCAAAGAUAUCUCGUCAUGUUCUCAGGGAAUUAAACAUAUUGAUCACUUUGGUAUUGUCUGUCGUGAAUGCGUGGAACCGGGAAUAAGCCAGUAUAAUUGCUACGUCUUCCAGUGUGCCACCGAAGCAUUGGUGGAUGAAAUCAUGCUGACAUUGAAGCAAGCUUUUAGCACUGCUGCUGCACUCCAAAAUGCCAAGACACAAAUCAAGCUAUGUGAGGCCUGUCCCAUGCACGCUCUGCACAAACUGUGUGAGCGAAUUGAAGGGCUGUACCCUCCAAGGGCCAAACUGAUAAUACAGCGACAACUGUCUUUGCUCUCAGACAAUGAACAAGCUGACAUUUUUGAGCGUGUCCAGAAAAUGAAAGCUACAAGCGAUCAGGAAGAGAAUGAACUUGUCAUACUUCAUCUUAGACAGUUGUGUGAGACCAAGCAGAAAACGCAUGUUCAUAUUGGAGAACUGCAGACGAGUGCAUCGAACAGCUCUAUCCCGGAGAACACUGCUCCCAGUGGCCGAUUCAAGUUGGAUAUUCUCAAGAAUAAGGCCAAGAAAUCUUUGACCAGCUCUCUGGAAAAUAUUUUCUCAAGGGGAGCAAAUCGAGUGAGAGGCCGACUGGGCAGCAUGGAUAGUUGUGAACGCAACAGUUUUGCAUGUGACAAGGACGGCUCUCCUGGGGAUUCUCCUCCAGCAACUCCACCGUCUUCUCCUGUAUCAUCGUCCUGGCAGUCAUUUCCAGAGGAAGACCCGGAUUCCCCGCAGUUCCGCAGACGGGCUCACACUUUCAGCCACCCACCACCGAGUGCCAAGCGGAGGAUAGCCUUUUCUGAUGCAAAGUCACCAAACAGCAGGUCCCCCCUUCAGAGGCAGCACUCAGUAGCCUGUGAUGGGUCACAAAGCAGCCCCAUUCCUAUUGUUCGGCGUAUCCGCACUGGGAGUGAACCUUCGUUCUCCAGUCUCCCCUCAUCCUUCACUGCCCCUUCUUUCUUGAAAAAUCUUUACCAAGGUUCAGGGAGAACUCCCCCCCAACCUGAGAGAGAUACUCCCAAGAGUGAAAGUGAAGGAAGGAGAAGAACGACUUCUUCCUGUAGUAAUGACUCUUUAAAUAUUAGCGGAACAACUCUCGCAUCGCGACGGAUUUCGUGGCGUCAGCGAAUUUUCCUCAGGGUAGCUUCACCAAUGAUCAGUUCCCCCUCAGAUAUGCAACAUAAAGACCAUUUAGAUGUGAACGAUUUGCUGCCGUUAUCCCCCCUUCCUCCUACCAUGGAAGAGGACCCACUGGCCUCUCUUCUUCAUGAUGAAAAUACUACAGACAGCAUUGAUGGGAAGAGAAAUUCUGAAGAUCUUCAGAGGCUAUGGCGGAAGGCAAUACAUCAACAGAUCUUAUUAAUACGAAUGGAAAAAGAGAACCUGAAACUUGAAGAAGCAAGCAGAGAUGAACUUCAAUCUAGAAAAAUCAAAUUGGAUUAUGAUGAAGUUGAACUUUGUCAGAAAGAAGUUUCAAGUCUCUGGGAAAAGAAGUUAAAUUGCAGAACAAAAAUCCGGUUUGACAUGGAAGAGAUCUAUGCCACACUGAAAGAAGGUGUUCCGAAAAGUAAACGUGGGGAGAUAUGGCAGUUUCUCUCAGUGCAGUAUCGUCUAAGGCACAGACUGCAAAGUAAACAGCAGCCUACAGAUACUACAUAUAGUGAUCUUUUGAAACAGCUUACCGCCCAGCAGCAUGCUAUCCUAGUCGAUCUUGGAAGAACGUUUCCAACCCAUCCGUAUUUUUCCACACAGCUGGGGGCAGGCCAGUUGUCUUUAUAUAACCUUCUUAAAGCAUAUUCUUUGUUGGACCAAGAAGUUGGCUAUUGUCAGGGAGUUAGCUUCGUAGCCGGAGUUCUUCUCCUACACAUGAGCGAACAGCAAGCCUUCGAAAUGUUGAAGUUUCUUAUGUACGACCUUGGUUUCCGUAAGCAGUACCGACCAGAUAUGAUUUCUCUUCAGAUUCAAAUGUACCAACUUUCCCGACUUCUGCAUGACUAUCACAGAGAUCUCUACAACCAUUUGGAAGUGAAUGACAUCAGCCCAAGCCUCUAUGCUGCUCCAUGGUUUUUGACAUUAUUUGCCUCCCAAUUUUCCCUUGGAUUUGUUGCUCGAGUUUUUGAUAUUAUUUUUGUACAAGGAACUGAAGUCAUUUUCAAAGUAGCCAUUUGUCUUCUCGGCAACAAUAAAGAACUAAUAAUGGCAUGUGACAACUUUGAGAGUAUUGUGGAUUUUCUGAAGAUCAAUAUACCCGAUAUGACAAAGGACACGAUGGAGAAAACUAUUAUGCAGGUGUUUGAAAUGGACAUUUCCAAGCAGCUUCAUGCUUAUGAGGUUGAGUACCAUGUAAUUAACGAUGAGAUGCUGGAAGCCUCUAAUUCCUGUGAUGACACAGAGUCCUUCCAAAGACUUGAAAAGGCCAAUAACCAGCUGAAAAGACAAAACAUGGACCUUCUGGAAAAGCUACAGGUAGCUCACACAAAGAUUCAGAACCUGGAAACCAAUGUUGAAACAAUUUUAUCUCGCGAAAGCAAAAUGAGAAACUUGAUCCGAUCUCUGGAGCAAGAAAAAUUAGCAUAUCAAAGGGCUGUGGAGCAAAUGAGGAAAUACGUGCCAGCUCAUGUACUAACAGACUGUGAACUUUUGCUAAAGGAUCUUAACUGUAGCCCAAACAACAAAACAAAGACAGGAAGUAAGCAAUAAGCAUACAGCUAGUGCCGUUCUGGCAUAAAGCUACAUAGUCUCCUAAAAACCAAAAGCAAAGACAACAAUUCAUGCAUGCUCUGAUGGAGGACUGUGGAUUCAAUGCAUGAACAUGUACUUUCAUCAGUGUUGGGGCUUUUAAUGUGUACAGAUUUACUAUGACUGGAGUAGCCUACAGCCUUUAAUUAAAACUACAAAACAUCAUCAGAUUAAUUGCAGAGAUUGCCUCUGUAAUUUCAAUAUGCAAAACGCUGGUCAUUGUAUACAGUACUAAAAAAGGGAAAAACUAUUUGUUUUCAUGUGUACAUUUGCAAGCUGACGCUUGAAGUCACCAAUCAGUGGCAAGACAUUAUCUAUCAACUGUCAGUUGCAGAGAACGUGUCAUAGGGAGAGUGAUAAUACUUGAAAAUGAAUGACUUUUCCCAAAGAACAGCAUGGUCCACACGUAUACUGUGGAUAGCUUGUAUGAACUGCUCUUUAUUUGUGCCUGUCAUGAUUCUACUGACAUUUGUUACACGCUUGUAGAAUGUUUAUUAAGGAAUCACUACGUCAUGUUUAAUGAAUGGAAAAUAUAUUGGUUGCCUAUACUUUGUGUAAACAUUUUAAUUGGCACUGUUAUCCUAGUGUUGGCUAAAAAUAUGCCUCCAGCACUUGUAAUGAGGUCAGAAUUUCAUAGCGACCUGUGUAGGUCACAUGAUUAAAGUUGUGUGAAUGACCCCUUUGAGGUUUUAAUCCUGGCAUAAAUUAAUGGUGA